CUGGACUCCAUCGUCAUAGGCGUAGGCUGAUAAUAGGCAGUCCUAAUCUGUGCAGAGGCUUGGGGCCGAAAUGCCCUUCUGGAGAAGACUUGGCCCAGGACCUUGCCCUGCCUUCAUCCGUCUUCAGUCAGCUUGUUCAGCAGAGGGAGAGAGAGAGAGAAGAGAGAGAGAGAGAGAAGAAUGGAGGAACUGGUAAACCCUAGCAAUGGAGUAGCUGAGGGAGGGAUGGAAGAGAAGCCAAAGGUGGUGGUCAUAUUGGGGCCAACUGGUUCAGGAAAGUCACGACUGGCUAUUGACCUAGCUUCUCACUUCCCCAUCGAGAUCAUCAACGCCGACUCGAUGCAGGUCUACCGAGGUCUGGAUGUUCUCACCAAUAAGGUCCCCCUCCAUGACCGGAAAGGAGUGCCGCACCAUCUUUUGGGCACGAUCAGCCCCAACGUCGAGUUCACAUCGAAAGAUUUCCGGGAUUCCGCUAUUCCUCUUGUUAAUGAAAUAUUGUCACGCAACUGCUUGCCUGUCAUCGUUGGAGGCACAAAUUACUAUAUUCAGGCUCUUGUGAGUUCAUUCCUUUUAGAUGAUUCUGCAGAAGAUAUGGAUGAAAGCUGUUUAAAUGAUCCUAUAGGAAACAUGCCUUCAGGGCAUGAACUUGAUUUUGGAGGAGGCAAUUUGCACUAUUGUUAUCAGUAUCUUAAAGAUAUUGAUCCAGUUGCAGCAAACAGGAUUCAUCCAAAUGAUCAUAGAAAAAUUAAUCAAUACCUUAGUCUGUACACUCGCUAUGGUGUUACCCCUAGUAAAAUUUUUCAAGGCAAGGCUGCAGAGAACUGGGGCCGAGCUAAUAAUUUCAGAUAUAAUUGCUGUUUUUUGUGUGUGGAUGCAUCUCUUCCUGUACUGGACCAAUAUGUGGGACAAAGAGUUGACCGCAUGAUUGAAUCUGGUUUGCUUAGUGAAGUUUAUGACAUUUAUAGCCUGAAUGCAGACUAUACUCGAGGUUUGCGACAGGCUAUUGGUGUUCGGGAAUUUGAGGAUUUUUUGAGAGUUUACCUUUUUGAAGAUGACAAUGGGAAAGGCCAUGAUUUGCCUGAUGGGCCCCAUAUCCAUGCAGCAAUGACAGAGGCUGGCAAACUGUUAAAUGAGAAUACAAGGGCAAUUCUUAGUCCAUCCAGUGAUGACCAGCACAAAAUUUUAUUAAAAGAAGCCAUAGAUAAAGUCAAAGUCAACACUAGAAGACUUGUUCGCCGCCAAAAAAGAAUGCUUAAUCGGCUGCAAACAUUAUUUGGAUGGAUUAUACAUUAUGUUGAUUCAACGGAGUCUUUAAUAAGCAACUCUGGUGAUUCUUGGGCAGCAGGUGUGGUUGUGCCCUCUGUGAAGAUAAUUAGAUCUUUUCUUAAUGAAGAUGCAAGCUUACUGCCUGAUUCAGAGGCUAAAAGUGGUACUGGGGGAUCCCUAUUAGUGGAAAGGGACUUGUGGACUCAAUAUAUUUGUGAGGCUUGUGGGAAUAGGGUUCUUAGAGGCGCAAAUGAGUGGGAACAACACAAACAGGGACGUGGGCAUAGGAAACGAGUUUAUCGGCUGAAGAAGUCCCGAAGGUUUUGUACUGUGGAGCCAUAGCAGCAAUGUCUUGGGUAUUAGCAGUGAACCCUCUCUAUUGGUAUAUUUUCUACUACCUACAAGCGCGGUUCUGCAGCUGAAAUGUUGAGAUUUAUAUCUAGAGGACCAUACCAACAAAUUGCAUCCAAGUUUUUUACUGCGAUGAAAAUUUUGGGGUCCUGGAGAUGUUUCCAGAUAAGGUUGUGCUUGAUGUACUUUCUUCUGUUAACCUCUCCCCUAUUUUCCCCCAUUAGUGGUUCAGUCAGGAUUUUUAAAUUCAGAAUCAUGGUGUGAUAUACAGGUUCGUGCUCUUUGAUGAUCACUGGGGGAUUGAUUUUGUACUUUCGUCAAUGGAUUUCUGCUGUUGUUGGGAACAGUAUUUGUCUUGAAAUUGUAUAGAUUUGGACUAAAUUUAAUAUAAAAGUCUUGAUUUCAAAGGCA